AUGGCGCAGAGGAAUGGGCGCCAAGCACAGCAGAACCAACAACAAGCUAACCGCAAUGAGCAACAGGCUCAAAACAUUCCUCAGCCUCAGCCACAUGCUCAAAGGCAACCUCCACAGGUCUUUGUUGGUGAGAAUGAUAGAGAAAAUGCACACCAGCACCGAGCAGGAAUUCAAGCACCACCGGUUCAGAAUAAUAACUUUGAAGUGAAAGCUUCCUUGCUCAAUAUGGUGCAGAACUCUAAGUUCCAUAGGUUACCAAUGGAGGAUUCUUUGGAGCAUUUGGAUCAAUUUGACAGGAGGAGCACUUCCAAGAUCAGAAACCAGUUAGACACAGCCUCCAAUGAAAAUGUUUUGGGUAAAGAGAUCAAUGCAGCAUUGGAACUAGUGGAAAACUUGGCCAUGAGUGAUGACACUUAUGGGGAAGACUUUGACAGGGCGAAUAGAAGUGAGGGAUCCAGCAAAGAGCUGAGGAUGGAGAAGGACAUUAGAGAGCUUCAGAAAAAGCUUGACAAAGUUCUAGUGGCAACACAAAAGCCAUUACACUUUGUAGGCGAGUUUGAUGAUCAAGGUCCAAGCUUUGAAAAUGUCAAUGAAGAUGGCCUCACUCAAGAAGAGAUCAACUACAUUGGGAAUCAGAAUAGAAUUGGGGGUUCAAAGUAUGCUGCAAUGCAACAAGAGAUCAAGGAUUUAAGGAAGAAUCAAGCCCCCACCUCAAGAAAACAAGGCACUUUACCUGGUAAACCUGAGCCUAAUCCCAAAGAGUAUUGCAAUGCUAUAACUCUUAGAAGUGGAAAAGAGUUACCAGAGAGAGAGCCUAGACAAGUGCUCAUUGAGGACAAUGAGCAAGUUAGUGGGGAGGCAGCUCAAAAGAGUGAGAAAGAAAAGGAGAUUACCAAGGGUAAUGUGACCAAAGAGGUGGAACAAGAGAUGGUGCCUGAGAAACCCUAUGUUCCACCACCACCUUAUCAGCCUAAACUUCCAUUUCCAGGGAGGUUUAAGAAGCAGAUCCCAGAUAAGGCAAGAGCAAUCUUUGAGAAGCACCUAGAGAACAUUAAGAUGACUAUGCCCAUCAUUGAGGCAUUUCUUAUGGUUCCACAGCCUGGGAAGUUCUUAAAAGAUGCCAUUUUGAACAAGACCAAGAAGUUACAAGGAAUGGUUAUUCUGAGUCAUGAGUGUAGUGCUAUUAUUCAAAGGAAGACUAUCCCUAGGAAGCUAUCAGAUCCAGGGAGCUUUACACUACCAUGCACCAUAGGUCCUUUGAAGUUUGAUAGCUGUUUGUGUAAUUUGGGAGAUUCUGUAAGCUUGAUGCCUUAUUCUAUUGCAAAGAGGCUGGGAUACAACAGUUACAAGCCAGCAAGGAUCUCUCUACUGCUCGCUGAUAGGUCAGUAAGGCUACCUAUUGGAUUACUUGAAGAUUUUCCUCUUAAAGUUAGUGAGAUUGAGAUACCAACCGAUUUUAUUGUCUUCGAGAUGGAUGAGGAACCUGUUGAUCCUCUCAUCUUAGGAAGGCCUUUCUUAGCUACAGCUGGUGCAAUAUUUGAUGUUAGAGGUGGAAUGAUUGAGCUUCACAUUGGAUCAGAGACCAUGAAGUUUGAUGUAAAAGAAAUGAUGAAGAAGCCAACACUUGGUGGACAAAUCUUUUACAUUGAAACAAUGGAGGAGCUAGCUGAUGAGCUUCUUGAGGAAUUGAACACAGAGGAUCCUCUCCAAGUUGUCUUGAAAAAGGAACAAGGUGAACAUGGGUAUUUGGCUGAAGAGAGUGAAGCCUACAAGCUGUUUUUGGAUCAGCCCAAAGAACUUGAUUCAGAAACAAGGUUUUUGGAGCUAGGAGCAAACGACCUUGAGGUUCUAGAUAUCAGAGGUUCAAAUACAAGUCAGGGACCAGCUCAGGGAUGCAUGGCCGUGGGUUCACAAGCUGAGGAGAAGGCUGAGCCGUGUGAGCAGAUCAACACCAAGGGGGCUGCAACCGAGCAUGACAGCUUCAAUGCGGAUUGGGAUGAGUCCAAAGCGCCCCCUGUUGAGCUCAAGCCUCUACCAACAGGACUCAGGCCUCUACCAACAAGGCCCUGUCAUCAUAAAUAA